CGCGAACGAGCGCUUGACGUCAGCAUAACAACAACCUGUCAUGACAGUCCGUAUGGGGGAAAAAAAUAAUCGAUUAAAGAUUUAAUAUUCAGUUAAAUACACUCCUUUUCAACUGAAUGUAAGAGUUCAGUUUGAAGUGUGUGCGAUCCAGGACGAACAGAACAUUCUGAAACCUGUCAUCUAGCCAGCCGAAGAGACGGGGAACAGGAUAGGGAAGCAGGGCGAGGCGGGCCCCGCGGAGCCGGUGGAGAAGAUGGCCGGCAGCCCGGAGAAGAGUUCCACCGCACAGGAGCUGAAAGAGCAGGGGAACCGGCUUUUCCUCUGCCGCAAGUACCAGGAGGCUGCUACUUGCUAUAGUAAAGCUAUAAACCGUAAUCCAUCAGUGGCAGUAUACUACACCAACAGGGCUCUCUGCCAUGUAAAACUGCAGCAGUAUGACAAGGCUCUGGCAGAUUGUAAGCACGCCCUGGAACUAGACAGUCAGUCGGUUAAGGCCCACUUCUUCUUAGGCCAGUGUCACCUGGAGCUUGAAAACUAUGACGAGGCCAUUGGCAACCUGCAGAAAGCUUAUAACCUGGCAAAAGAGCAGAGGCUGAAUUUUGGAGAUGACAUCCCAAGUGCUUUGCGCAUUGCCAAGAAAAAACGUUGGAACAGCAUCGAGGAGAAGCGUAUCAACCAGGAGAAUGAGUUACACGCCUACCUAACUAAACUCAUACUGGCUGAGAAGGAAAGAGAGCUAGAAGAAUACAAAGAAAAACAGGAUGACAAUCAAAAUGGAGGUGAUGUUGCCAAGAUUUCAUCAAAGCAUGACAAGUAUUUAAUGGACAUGGAUGAGCUCUUCUCCCAAGUGGAUGAGAAAAGAAAAAAGCGUGAAAUCCCAGAUUAUCUUUGUGGGAAGAUCAGUUUUGAGCUGAUGAGGGAGCCCUGCAUCACACCCAGUGGAAUCACCUAUGACCGCAAAGACAUCGAAGAGCACCUACAGCGAGUCGGUCAUUUUGAUCCAGUCACCCGGAGUCCCCUGACCCAGGAUCAGCUGAUCCCAAACCUGGCUAUGAAGGAAGUUAUCGAUGCCUUUAUCCAGGAGAACGGCUGGGUGGAGGACUACUGAAGAGACGCCUCCCUUUUCUCCUCCAUACCCCAGUAAUUACCGCAAAGCCUGGACAACAUAAGACUAUAGAGAACAGAUCACCCCUUGCCUGGAUAUGUACCUUACACAAGCACGAAAAGCCAGUCUGUGGAAUACAAACCGGGAGCCAUGUGUCUUGGUCUGCCGCUUCCCCCCUCAUUCUAUCUUCGCUGUAAAACUUCCAGCUCCAAAUCUCUAAGGCUCAGUGUUCAUGGCCUGCUGCUCCCUUUAAGACCAGUUUACUCUUCUCUUUAUGGUCCUUCCCUCUUUCAUGCUGUUUCUCAUCUUUUAAGCCUUGACUCCUUCCUGUACUCCAAUUAGAGACCAUGUUCUCAGGUCUCGCAGGCACCCUUCCUGCUUCAUCUCUUUCACCGUCUUUCACUUUCUCUGAGUGCCACAUUUCUUGGAAAGCACUGCACUCCAGUGUUUCACAUAUACCACCAAUAAUUAGAAAAAAAAGAAAGAAAAAAUUUUGGUGGCACAAUUCAUGAAGACAUCAACUUUUUAUUUGGCAUUUACUCCAGUAUUUUCUAGGUAGUUUUUCAUUAAGAAAUGGAGCAACUAUUGAUGUACUGUUGUUGGAAGUGGUCACGAAAAUGCCAAAACCUGUUCUAAACAAUGGUAAUUUGUUUGUAUGCAAGUUUUUCAUGAUGAAUAAUAGAAAAGGGUCACUUUUCUACAUAAUGGUGGUGGGGCUUCGUACAUACCAUCCCAUGUCACUUUACUGUAAGAUUAUGAGUAGAUAGAAGAGUUUUUCUUUCUUUCCAUAUCAAUCAAAACCCAGUACAGACAAUUGAGAUAAGUUGAAUGUAUGCAUUGUGUAUUUCUUUAGGUUUAGUGAACCUUCAGUAAUCCAAGAUGUUUUCUUCUUUAUUAUUAUUUUUUUUUUAAUCUGGACAAUGCAAGGUUUUCCUGAAAAGCCUUGAACUGGAAAAAAAAAGAAUGGCUGUAUACAAAAACAUUUUCUCAUUGCUGGAUAAAAAUUCCAAUCGUUUAAAUGUUUAAACUUGAUAAAUGAGAGACAUGAGCUGUUUUGGUGGUUGCUAAAACCUGCUUUAACAAAUGGUCUGUGCUGUCUCUGCUGUUUAUAGAAGCAAAAAUGUACUGAGACAUUGUGUGUGGCUCGUGCUGUGUGCCUGGAUUGACAGUGGACGCUCACAAUCGAGCAUGAAUUGAAUUUACUUUGAACGAUGGUUUGCAUUUUUCUCACCUUUCGCUGAUGCUUUUUCUCCUGAGAGUGUCAUCAAUAUAAAUGACCUCUCACAAGGAUUUGAGGUCCAGUGGCGUCACUGCCCUGACCUCCGUCAUAGAAAUGCUGGAAGAGUUAAGGCCUUCUUAUCUCAUCCAUACCUCGGUCCAAGUGUUUGCGUGCUGGCUGUCCGGCACUCUCUGUAAAACACAUUUCUAGUUCAGUGCUUGUAGUUUACAGGUUUUCCAGCUGAAUGUGUCUGUAAUGAAUUAGGCCUGUUGGUGGCCGUUUGUGUUGGGGUGCAGGCGGUGUAUAUAAUUUGCUGGUGUUAUACAGAUUUUAUUUCUUGACAAGAUAGGGUUCUUUUUUUCUUGAGAAAUCCUAGAGCUUGAGAAACUGUAUUAAAUGUAGAUAUGUUGAUAACAUAAAUGCCCGAUUCAAUCUUCAUUUGUUCCCAUUAAACCUAGAACUUGGAGUUUGUUGUGGUGUUUGAUGCGAGAUGAUCAUUAAAGAGAUACCAAGUAUGAA